AUGAAUAUAGCACAAGUUCCAAUAUCAUAUAUUGGAGUUAUGUCAGAUUUAUAUGUUCCACCAUCCCUAAUUAAAUAUUCUCCAUUAAAAUGGCCAAAAUUAAUUUUAAGAAGAAUAAUGGUAUUUGCAUUUAAUACAUAUAAUGUUAUAAAAUUUAAAAGAGAAAUUGGUCAACCUUUAAAUUUUAAUAAAUGGAAAGAUCAAAGCAUUGAAAAUUAUAUAAAGACAAAUAAGAUAUUUGCUCAAUCAUGUACAAAAUCUACUGCUUUAACUAAUUCCGAAAAGAAAUCAUUGGAAAUUUCAAAAUUUUUAAAUUCAAAAUUAGAUCAAUGUUGUGGUAAACAUCUUAUUGAAAUAUUAACAAAAAGAUCAGAAAAUUUUAAAAUUUUAAAUGGUAAAAUAAAUUGGGAGCUAGUGAGUAUUGAUUCAAACCCAAAAAUUACAAUGUUUAAUGUAAUACCUGAUCAAGAUGGUAUUGGAUGUUAUGUCCAAUAUAUAAUGAAUUUAAAAACAACUCAAAAAUUAACAAUAACAAAUAAAUCAAACAAUGAAAUUAUACAAGAAAAUGAAACAAAAGUGAAUGACUACUUAGUUUAUACAAUGAACCCUUUCAACGACAAAAUAUUGUUGGUUGGUAAAUUAUUUGAAAGUGAUUCUGAAAGAGGUUUAAAACCCGAAUUAGAUGUUUUUAAUCCUUCUGAAAUGCAAAAAUUUGUUUUAAAAUCUGCAGAUAUUUAUAGAGAAGAUCCAAAUUUAAAAAAAAUUGAAAAUGUUUGA